UAUUUAUUGCACAAAUUUCGAUAUUCAAAUAUUUCUUCUUCUCCUUCAUGCUUUUCCCUCUCGCACCAGUCACCACCUGCGCUUUUUCUUCUCUUUCACACACACACACUGACACACUCGGACUCACUCUUUGUCUGCUUCUAUUGCUGAACGCCCUCUCCCUCUCUCGCAAACAGAUACUCGCCCGCAUGUGAGACAAGGAGAAAUUUGUGUUUAACAAAAGCUGCCAUAUCAAAGAUUACGAAUUUCGAUGGCGCGCUGUUGUUUAUUCAAUUUACUACAUAAUACGAACUGAAGCAGUGGUGGAGAUACCAUCCGAUCUCGUUCGCAGAUUUACUGCCGUGAUUUUGGCAGGUUUUAAAUUAAACUAUGGAUGGAAAUGGAAAUGAUAAAGCUCGAAAAAGUACCGGAGAGAUUAGCAUGAUUGGGAAUCAGAAUAGAAGGGGUGAUAUGAUAAUUAAUGUUUCUGAAGAUGCAAAAGAUUCAAAAUCUGGCUUUUCAGCAGCAUCACCUCUUAGAGAAUCGAAUGAUUCGGCACUUAAUGCACAAAAGUCGCCACCGAUGAGCUACGCCUCACCUGAAACUGUGAGGAUUGCUCCUAUUGCUAGUAAGCCUCCCAAGAUCCCCACAGGUGAGGGUCUCACUAGGCGAAAAACUUUAUCCAGGUCGGUUUAUUCUAAACCGAAAGCUCGAUUUGGUGAGCAGUCUGUGCACAUUGAUGGUAAGAUGUUUGAUGAAGAUGGGCCUGAAGUGAAUGUGGUACCUAGUCGGGGUGCUUCGCCUAAUCAUGUAAAGGCGGAUACUGGUAGUGCUAGCAUAAAGGAUAGGACUGUGCCAAUAACUCCAAAAACCCCUCUUAUGAAUUCUUUUAGGGGAUUGGAUGAAGAUGAAGAGAUAUAUAAGAAGGUUAGCAGCAGGAAGAAGCUAAAGUAUAGAAAAGUGAGAGCCAAGGUUUUGGUUGAGUGGUUGAUAUUUCUUUGUAUUCUUGGCUGUUUGAUUACGAGUUUCACUGUUCAUAGGUUGCACCAUUUGAAGCUCUGGGGAUUGCAUCUUUGGAAGUGGUUUGCGCUUGUUUUGGUAACCUUCAGUGGCUUGCUGGUUACUGAGUGGCUGAUGAAUUUUGUUGUUUUGUUGAUUGAGCUAAACUAUUUGCUGAAAAAGAAGGUAUUGUAUUUCGUUUUUGGCCUGAAGAAGAUUGUUCAAGUUUGCAUUUGGUUGGCUUUGGUGCUUAUCACUUGGGCUUUGCUGUUCCGGGAAGGGGUGGACAGGUCGUCACGUGCUACCACCAAAAUUUUGGAUCUUAUAACUUGGACUAUUGCUUCAUUGCUUAUUGGUGCGUGCUUGUGGCUAUUAAAGAAUUUGUUGCUGAAGAUUUUGGCAUCUUCAUUCCAUGUGAACACAUUCUUCGAUAGGAUUCAGGAAUCAAUCUUUCAUCAGUACAUACUAUUUUCACUUUCUGGCAAGCCAGUCAUGGAGGCGGAACAAUUGUUGGGGAGAGCAAGCAGUAAUGUAAGUCAAUUUAGUUUCCGUGUCACAAAGAAGGAUAAAGAAGGCAAGGAAAAGAAGGAGAAAGAGGUGAUUGAUAUCAAUAAGCUGCAUCAGAUGAAGCAAGAAAAGGUCUCUGCCUGGACCAUGAAGAUGUUAGUUGACGUUAUAUCUAAUUCAGGGCUCACCACAAUUUCUAAUGCUCUUGAUGAAAGUGUCUAUAAUGGGGGUAAUGAACAAACCGACAAGGAAAUAACAAACGAGGAGGAGGCAAUUGCUGCUGCAUAUCACAUUUUCAGAAAUGUUGCUCAGCCUGGUUGCACGUACAUUGACGAAUAUGAUAUGAGGAGAUUCAUGCUUAAGGAAGAGGUUGACAUUGUAUUUCCAAUGAUUGAUGUGGGCGAGACCGGGAAGAUUGACAGAAAAGCUUUGACUGAAUGGGUGGUGAAGGUUUACAAAGAUCGGAGAGCGCUUGCCCAUGCUCUUACAGACACAAAAACUGCUGUAAAGCAACUUAACAAGCUUAUUACAGGGAUUUUGAUGAUUAUCAUUGUAGUUAUUUGGCUUCUCUUGACGGGAAUAGCAACCACCAAAGUGCUUGUUGUUAUGUCAUCUCAGCUUGUUGUGGCUGUUUUUAUGUUUGGAAACACUUGCAAGACUAUAUUUGAAGCUAUCAUCUUUGUAUUUGUAAUGCAUCCCUUUGAUGUUGGUGAUCGCUGUGUUAUUGAUGGUGUUCAGAUGAUCGUGGAAGAGAUGAAUAUCUUUACAACUGUCUUUCUGAAGGCCGAUAAUGAGAAAGUGUAUUACCCAAAUUCUGUUCUGUCUACGAAACCCAUAAGCAAUUUCUACAGAAGCCCAGAUAUGGGAGAUUCGCUCGAGUUCAGCAUUGAUUUCAAGACUUCAAUGGAGAAAAUUGGCGCUUUGAGAGAGAAAAUCAAGAAGUAUUUGGAGAAAAACCCUCAGCUCUGGCACGCAAAUCACAAUCUCGUCGUUAAGGAGAUUGAAAAUGUGAACAAGAUUAAGAUGGCCCUCUUUUUCAAUCACACGAUGAACUUCCAAAACUUUGCGGAAAAGAGCAGACGCAGAACCGAGCUGGUUCUGGAAAUGAAGAGGAUUUUCGAAGAGCUGCAUAUCAGCUACGAUCUCCUUCCUCAAGAUGUUCAUCUCAACGACUCAAGAUCAUCGACAGAAACCAGCAAGUGAGCUUCUCGAGUUCACUGCAAAAUAUGAUGAUUUGAUUGCUGAAAGAUUCAAGUUCAUGCAGCGACGUGGAAUCCCGGGAGAGCAAGAAGCACCAUUUUUGCCAUAUCUAUAUACUAGGUUGUAAACGAGUCGAGUCGAACACUAUACUUUUCAAAUCAAUUCAAACCACUCAGAAGGUUUGGAUAUAAUUUUGCACUGAAAGGGUUAAGUUGCAAGGUUCAUAUAUUUGAAGCCCUUUAGUCCUUAUGAUAGUUCUAGAUGUUUUUGGGGUGAUAGUUCUAGAUGUUUUUGGGGUUAUGCCUGAAGGAAUCGAAAACUUGAGGGUCUGAAUUGAAAUUUCUUAUUCCAUUAUGAUUAGGAAAAAAAUUAUUCUACUGAUUGGAGACCGUAACUAUUUCUAUUGUCAAGCAGAUUUAGGUUGCAUGUGUUUUUCUUAUUAUUUGAGUUAAA